AGAACAUUGCACUCUGCUUUAAAUCAGAAGAGGGAGCUUGAACUUCACUCUUCUGAAAGCAAACCUGUGUGACUGUUUCUUCCAUCACAUCAGCAAUGACUCUCUGGGAGACUGUGCUUUGCGCUUUCUUAGCGUGCCUCUUGGCAACCCUACUUGGCUUACUCCAUCAAAUAGGAGCAUUUCGCAAGAGGAAACCGAAGGAACCCCCCUUGGACAAAGGCUUCCUUCCAUGGCUCGGACACGGGCGAAGUUUCAUGAGGAACCCUGAACAGUUUUUGGAAAGGAUGCGGAAGAAACAUGGGGAUAUUUUCACAGUUUUGCUCGGAGGCAAUUACAUGCAUUUUUUGAUUGAUCCUUCUACUUAUGAACCCUUAAUGAAGGUAUCAAAACAAGGGCUGAGCUAUAGUAAAUUUCCAUCAAUGGUGGUACGUAAUAUUUUUAGCCUUCCUUUCACAGAAUCUCUGCUACAUAGUUUAAAAAAAAUCAAUCAUAAGUAUCUCAGAGGGAAGUAUCUACCUGUCCUGAACCAGGUGAUGAUGGAGAAGUUGAAGUCUGUGAUUCUUCUCAAUCACGAUUCAGGUGAGGGGAAAAGAUCUUGGCAGCAGGAGGGAGUCCUCCACUUUACCUUCAAAACUGUCUUCCAAGCCUCUUUUCUGACUUUUUUUGGUAAUGAGCCACACAAAGAUGUAGACAGCAAAGAAAAUGCUAAGGAGAAUGAAAUGACACAACAUGGGAACUUCUCUGAAAAUUUUGAGAAAUUUGACAGUUUCUAUCCCCAUAUGGUCACCGGCGUCAUAGACCCUCUAAGCAAGAAGGAGAUAGAGAACUUGAAGAAGUACUUCUGGGACAUUCUCUCAGUAGAAAAGUUGUAUCAAAGGGACGGCAUCAGCAAUUGGGUAGCUGAGCUAGAUCAGCAUGUGGCUGAGACCGGGAUGACUGAAAAGAUACGGACUCAACAUCAGCUGCUGUUUCUCUGGCUAUCUCAAACUAACAUUGUCAAUGCUUCUUUCUGGAUUCUUCUGUAUCUCCUGAAAUAUCCAGAAGCAAUGAAGGCAGUGAGGGAAGAAGUGGAGAGAGUUCUAAGAGAGACCGGUCAGGAGGACAAGACAGGCGGCCCCUUCAUCAGCGUGUCCUUGGAUAUGAUCAAAACUCCUCUUCUGGACAGUGCAAUAGAGGAAACUCUGCGCUUGAAUGGGUCUAUUUUUCUCUCCAGAACCGUGAUGCAGGAAAUGGAUAUUAAGAUGGCCGAUGGCAAAGAAUAUACUCUCCGGAAAGGUGAUGAUCUUGUGCUUUCGCCUUUUCUUGCACUGCAAACAGAUCCAGAAAUCCACCCUGACCCUCACACAUUCAAAUACGACAGGUUUGUGAACCCUGAUGGCAUAAAAAAGGAGUUCUACAAGAACGGGAAAAAGCUAAAGUAUUACAGUAUGCCUUUUGGUGGUGGAACUGGACUUUGUCCUGGGCGAUUUUUUGCUGUUAAUGAAAUGAAGAUGUUUGUCUUCUUGAUGCUGGCCUACUUUGACAUGGAACUGGUUAAUGCAGAAGAAGAAAUGCCUACGACAGAUGUAAGAAGACAUGGGUUUGGAAUCACAAAACCAUCUCCUGAUGUUCAGUUCAAAUACCGAUUGAGAGUCUGAAGGGAACGUCAUUUAAGCUCAAAUCCUCUGCACAGUGCCCUGGAGUCAGCCCUUUGGAUUGCUUCCAAGAAAAUAUGCAUAGGAUUGCCCUAUCAAACCUGGUUUUUAUUUCGAACUAACAUGUGGGCUCACAGUUAAAUUCUUUUUCUUCUUCUUAAAAAUAUUAUUUUAUAAAUACAGAGUCUUUCGGCAUGUCUAUACCUAAGGAAGGGAGGGGGAGGUUCACACAAUAUGAUGAUCGUGAGAUCCUCCCCCUCAGGCCUCACGUGGCAUGCGAUGUCCCAGGAGGAAGAGGAUGUCGCGCCUGCGUUUUUGUUUUUUGUUUCUUUAUUGAAAAUAAGCGCACAAAUGCUCCAUCGAAAAGGUUAGCUUUUUUUAAAAAAAAAUCCCGCUCCCCACCCCCAUCCCGAUGGACAUGGAGCUCCUGAAUAGCUCCGUGCCCCAUGCCCAGUCCCCUCUUCCUCAUGUUUACUCCUGAGGAGCCAUGAAGAAACCAGGAUGGCUGCCCACAGCUCCUGUGGUCUCAGGACAAUCCCAAGACAUCCCUCCCUGCCGUGGGAUACUCUGUGCAUCAUGUGGAUGCAUAGGGAUGAUUCCGGGGCGAUCCCUGGGAUAUCGCCUGAUCUAGACAUGCCCUUGAUCAUAAUGCAGUAUGAGGGCAAAGAGAAUUAAACCUGGCUUUCGUAGUAAUUUUAGCUGGCAGUUAUUUACUUUGUGAAGUUCUGAGUUUUGUAAAAUAUUAGCUCAUAUUCAAAGGUGUCUCUUUUGAGGGUGGAGUUACGAAAAAUGAAAAUAAGGGUGAGGUCCAAAAAAGUGACCAUGUUAUUUUGUGAUUAUGAGAGGAGAACAGUUUCCUGUAGCUCUUGGCUAACCUGGUUAUGUUGCAUAUGGUUCCCCUGUCAGUAAAUGUAUGAAGUCGAGAUGAGACAUACAUGGCCACUAGCUUAGGGAGAGGUUCAGUGGAGCAGUAGUGAGCUCCAGACAGACAUACUACCUUGUCUGAUCAUUUCUUGAACAUUGGACCAGAGUCUUUGAAAGUUCAUGCCGUGAUAAACCGACAUUUCCCUAGAUGCCAGAACACAGGUGUCCUCAUUAAGAGCACAGUGACAACUCUAAUCAGUUGUACAAAUCCCCCCCCUGUUUAAACGAAAAUCUGUUUUCAUUCCUCAUCAAUGCCUGAAGUAACUGAUCCUGCAAGCAGUGGUAAUACUAAGAAUAAUACUUUGCAUUUAUUGAAUGCUUCAGAGAGAGGGGAAUUAACGUAGGAGUGGAUAUAGUCUUUGACCUGGAGUGUAGAGCCACUGUGCAGUUAUGGAUCUUACUGUGGAUCUUGGGAAUGGACGGGCGCAGGGGUGUGUGUUAUCACUCUCUCCCAGGUUUACUUACCUCACAAGGUUGUUGUGAAGAAAAUAUAGCAUACACGCACACGACUAAUGAAGAAGCAUCCAGCCUACAUCUUUUUGUUAGAAUAAAUUUCUUAGUCUUUAA